AUGAUCACAAAAAGCAAGCAGACGUCCCAACAUGCCGUGGACUUACGCGAGACGUUCAACACCCUCCGAAAACAUCAAAUGAGACUCAACCCUGAAAAGUGCGUGUUCGGAGUCACCGGUGGGAAAUGCCGCCUUGGGAAGGUUUCUAUCAAAGUCCGCGGACAGAUGUUCGCCCUUCUUCAAAACCCUCAAGCAAAGCAAGUUCGAGUGGACAAGAGAAGCCGAGGAAUCCUUCCAGCAGCUGAAAGAGCACUUGUCAUCUUUGCCGAAACUGGUUUUGCCAUUCAACGGGAAAAGCUGGUCUUAUACGUCUCGGUCUCCGAAUACUCCCUGUCGAGAGUACUGAUCACCGAAAGAGAAAAGAAGCAAUUCCCCGUAUACUAUGUGAGUCACGCCUUUCGAGGAUUUGAGGGAAACUACAGCGAAGUAGAAAAGUUCUUAUUUGCAAUCGUGAUGGCGAGCAGGAAACUGAAACCAUACUUCCAAUCCCACCAGAUCAUCGUCAGAUCCAGCCAACCUGUGAAAAAGAUUCUGGAAGGAAAAAACAAAUCAAGCCGCGUCACUGAUUGGGCUAAUCAACUUGCAGAUUUCAGCAUCGAAUACGAACCACGAACAACGAUCAAAGCACAAGCCUUGGCUGACUUCAUCGCCGAAAGCACUAUCCCCCAACAUCUUGAACCUAAUCAAGAAUGGAAGUUGUAUGUGGAUGAUGGAUCCUCGACACAAUCAGCAAGCGGAGCUGGGCUGCUGAUCAUGUCUUUUGCCGGGGUCUGUAUGGAAAGAGCGGUCAGAUUCGAGUUCGCGGCCUCUAACAAUGAGGCAGAAUACGAAGAAUUACUCAUGGGGCUCAAAAUCUGCCAUGAAGCAGGGGCGAAAGUAUUAUCCACUUUUUCUGACUCCCAGCUAAUAGUCGGACAAGUGAAUGGAGAAUUCGAAGCCAAAGAUGAUGGCAUGAAGAUGUACUUGCAACAAGUAAGAGAAUUUGUCAAGAAAUUCGACAAAUUCACAUUGGUCCACAUCCCAAGAUCUCAAAACGCAUAA